CUCAGUUAGUCGGUGAUAUUCGUCGACUGUGGUUUGCAUUGUGAGCAGGAUGAGCAAGGCACGAAUCUCGAAUGAAUCCUUAAACCAGGUUAAUCAGCGAUUUAGUUGCUCAUUAGUUUGGAAUUGUUUACAAAAGUGAUUCGCCGAUUUUCGCACAGAGCGCGGGAGCUGUACGUAUUUUUCGGGCGAGUUUUUCGCGAGGCUGCACACGAUACACACCUCGCACCGCCGGUGGACAUUUUUCGCAUUCGGAAUGAUUUCCAUUUCGUGAGAAAUUUUAUCACUGUAGCGCAGUCUGUCGCUAGAUUUUGAUAAGGGUUGUUCCAUUUUUCGUUAGUUAUGUUGGUCGUUCAGUACUAGUCAUGAAAUUAUCGAGUAAUGUGUUUUAUUCUUCACCGGUAUGAAUAAUGUGGUAUCUAAUGCAAGUAGUGGUGUUUUGGAUUUUAUUGAUCACCGAUGAAUACUAUUCGGCGUUUUCUUCUUACACAUUCGAUAAAAGAGAAACGGAUUACAUUAUUGAUGAAACGUACUGGAAUGAUGAAAGUCCGGCUGGAGAAGUGGAAAAAUUACUUCACGAUUUUCCACAAAACCAAGAGCUAGUACGCAAUAUAGGAGCUAGUUAUUACCAAAUAAUUUAUCCAACUCAGCUCCGACGCCACGAGAAAAUGGGAAUUUCAACCAGAGAAACAGCUCCGACAAAGAUGGGGAAGCAUUAUCAUCGUACUUCCUUACUUAUAAAAGCUUUCAGCCAUAAAUUUCGAUUGGAUUUAGAACUGAACACGCAACUAUUGGCACCCAAUUUGAUGCAAAAACACUACCUACCACAUGGUGCCGAACAAGUUUCAAAACAAGAAAUUGAACAUUGCUACUAUCACGGAACGGUGAAGGAUAUUCCAGGUGCGACAGCUGCUUUUCACACAUGUAAUGGGAUCUCUGGAGUUAUUCAUAUUGGAAAUGAGACUUUCAUCAUACAUCCGUUCUAUGGUGGUGAUCUCGCCAAACAUCCUCAUGUGAUAUUCGAAUCUCACGCCAAGUUCAAUAGUGGUUGUGCUAACAAAGGUAAUUUAGAAUGGAGAAUGAAAGGUCAUUCUAGGAAACCGAAACGUGGAAGCUCAUUUUUCAAUUUAAAUCGUACCAAAAGAGACGUCAGAGAGGCUACAAAAUACAUAGAAACAGCGCUCAUCGUCGACAGAUCAAUGUUCGAUCGCCGUAACGGCAGUACCAGAGCUAUUGUGAUACAGGAUGCGUUACAGAUAGCAAAUAUUGUUGAUCUAUAUUUUCGGACAAUAAAUACUAGAGUAUCAGUAGUUUACAUAGAAACUUGGCAAGGUGCCAAUCAAAUUUCAAUUGAUAAAAAUGCCGAAAUUAGCCGCGCAUUGCUCAAUUUUAACGAAUAUGCUUCACGUCAACUUUUUACCGUAGAUAGAGACACCGUUCAAUUAAUUACAGGGGAGCGUUUUGCCGGUAAUGAAGCUGGUAUGGCUGUACCUGAAUCAGUAUGCACCGCAAAAUCAUUAGCUAUUAUUGUUGAUUUAAAUGCAUAUGAACCUCACAUCACGGCUGCUACAAUGGCACACAUGAUUGGGCAUAAUGUUGGAAUGGGUCACGAUGAUGGAAGAAGCGAAUGCUUUUGUCGAGACUGGCACGGAUGUAUAAUGCAGCAAAGUAUUGUCGGUCAAGACAAUAUUCAUCCUUAUAAAUUUAGCGAAUGUAGCUUAGACGAUUACAUCGCUGGGUUUAGAGAUAGCAGAAGCAUGUGUUUACUAAAUAAGCCUAACGAGGUUACCAGUCCUCAUCAACACUGUGGAAAUAAAAUUAUAGAAGAAAACGAAGACUGUGAUUGCGGAAGUUUAGAAAAUUGCGAAGAAGUUGACCCAUGCUGUGAUCAUAUAACUUGUAAAUUAAAAAAGGAAUCAGAGUGUUCCGCUGCUCAUAAAUGUUGUUCCAAAUGCAAGUAUUUACCUCGCGGAACUUUAUGUAGACCAGCCUCCAACGAAUGUGAUUUACCAGAAUAUUGUUCCGGUAAUAAUGGAGAAUGUCCGGUGGAUGCUCAUAAAAAGAAUGGCCAUCCGUGUGAGAAAAAUAGGGGAAUUUGUUACAACGGAUUUUGUCCAACAUUGAUCCAACAAUGCGAAUACGUUUGGGGAAAAGGUGGUAAAGCGGCUGAUAAAAAAUGUUACGAUCAGUUUAAUUCGAAAGGCUCGAUAAGUGGAAAUUGUGGAAUGGACGGACACGGGAAUUAUAUUCAAUGCGAACCGAACAAUGUUUUAUGCGGAUCGUUACAAUGCGCCAAUGGAAGUCAGUAUCCUGCAUCGCAUUUAGGACACGAAUACACUAGAACGAUAAUAUCUAUCAAAGGUUACGAAUACGAAUGCAAGUCGACUAGAAAUAGAAACGUAACCACAGUUAAAGGAUUGGUUCGCGAUGGAACCCCUUGUGGCACAGACUUAAUUUGUAUAAAUCAAACGUGUACCAGUAUUUUUCCUCACGUUGAUCAUGGCAAAUGUCCCAGUAAUCAUAAAAACCUGGAGUGUUCUUCACACGGACUUUGCUCAAAUUUAAAUACUUGUCAUUGUGAAGACGGUUGGACUGGGCCAGAUUGCUCAAUUAAACUAGAGUUGAUACCAACUACUCCGCCGGCACCUACUGUCAGCCAAUCAACGGCGGCUCCGUCAAAUGAAACUGUCAAAAAAGAUUCCCUGGAAUCUCAAAUGAAAAGGAAGGAAACACCAUACGAAAAUGCCCACAGUACAAACACAGUUAACUUGGUUGGGGUAUUGAUGGCGGCUUGUGGGGGGGUUUUCACUGUUUUCACUACUGUUGCUCUUUGCUACAGGUCAGUUGUGGUGCACAAAAGCUUCUCUCAUUGCCUAAUAAGAAUACCUUACUAUACACACAGAUUUUCUAGAAAAACUACUAUGCCUAAAAUAAAAUACGAUUCGCCUUACGAUAGUAAGAAGAAGAAAAAGAAAUCGGAAUCUUUGCCGGGGGCGGAAGAAGACGAAGAAAUUGUAGUCGAAAUACCAGGAGGAGAUAAAAUACCUACUUAUCCUGGAACGCCUUCUUGCAGCCAAAGACCUGGAAGUAGUACCAGCAGCGAUAGUCAGCAUAGAGUCUUUUACCGUCCAUCGAGCCAGCAAGGUUCUACCUCUGCUCCAUCUGCGAUGACGUCGUUGAAUCAAUACGAUUUAAAACCGUCCUAUUCUAGGGAAUUCAAUGUGCAAAAUUUUAGAAAAUCUGAUAGCAGAAGCUGUCUUGAUGAACAGAUACCACACCACCAUCAUCAUCAUCACCAUCAUCAUCCACAACACCACCAUCAUCAUCAUCAAUCAGAAGAAGACGAAGAAGAUGAUGACGAAUCCGGACCAAUUCGUAUACGUAAUUUAGAAGAUCUAAUUCGACAAUUAGAACACCAUUCUAUUAAACAUUCAAACCCCAUUGUUGGUGUUGAAGAUUUAAGAUAUUCAGAGACUGAAGCUGAUCGCCAGUAUAGAGUUGAAAUACCAUCCGGAAACGAAGAAUUAAGAUUCGUUUUCGGUAGGUUUAGACAUCCUAGUCGGACACAAACCCCUUCCUACCAUAGUAUGCCCGAUGAAGAAAGACGUUUUCCUUCUUCAGCGGACCAUACGAACAGGGGCCAGCAUGUAGUGGAUAUUCACGUCGAUAUUCACGAUAAUGAAAGAUUUAAAAUAUUAAACCGUCUUUUACAAGAUAUAGAAAAAAAAGACUUGAAAAACGAACAGAACGCCAUUUUUAACGGUUCUUCCCCAGAUUCUGCCCAUUUCUGCGAUAAUUCAGCAAGGUAUUAAAGUAACACCAUUUCUCAAUAUACAAUUACGAAGAUCUUUUUCAGUAAUUUUUAAGGAAGAAACUUGUCUAAAAUGAACUUUAAAUAUUUAUGUUUGAUGAUCAUUUACACUACAGUAUCAUAGACAUUAUCCCUACUUACGUAUUACCAAAAUAAUUUCAAAUGAAAUUUCAUACCAUAGGUAAUUUUAAUAAUUGGCCAGUAGGUAUUCGUAAAAGUGAAGCGACGAGUAGGUCUAGGUAUGAAAAGAUGAAUUUCAAACCUACUCAUCGUACAAAGAUCAUUUUUACUUUUUUUUGAAAAACUUUAAUGCAUAAUUUUUUUGAAAAAUUAAAACCACAAGUAUGUACCUACAUAAAUACCCAUCUCUUCGUAAAUCGACUGAUUUCAAACGCUGAGGAGAUUCACGCAAAAACAAAUUGUAUUCUCAUGAUACGUGAUCGAGUUGAAAAAUACUUAAUAUUAAAGCAUCAUUAUCGUGAUUGUAAUUCAAAUUUUAUACUUUGUACAUACCUUUUAUAUUAUUCGUGUGUUUGUGUGUGUAUAACGUACCUACUUAUUGUAUUGAAAAUAACGUAAAAUAUCAAAAAAAUGAAAAUUUUUUAAAGCGCUCAAUGUAUAAAUUUUUAUACUGUAAUUCUUCACAGUGUUUCCAAUCACUAUAACUUAAGAAUGUAACGAUUAAGAUACACAGCAGCUUUAAACACUUUUUUUUUGGUAAUGAGCUUAUAUUUUCAAUGAGAAAAAUAUGUAAAAAAACGUUCAAAAAUUAAAAAAAAUAUAUAUACAGUAAAUUAUGCAGUUUUAGUACAGGGGCCAUUUAACAAUGUAAUUCUUUAGUCAAUUUUGCAAUUAGAUAUCUGAUAAUUUUUUACAUUUUCUUGUUUGUUUUUUAUGUAAAAAAUUUUUUAAAGUAGGUUUUAACUGUUUACAAAGUGAAACAGCAGUUUACAUGUUUAGCACGUGACAUUUUGAAUUAGUUCUCCAAUUAUUUUCGUUUUUCGUGAAAUAUUUAUUUGAAAUAGACGCGAAUAAGUGACUACAUUUACAGAGCAUUCGCAGGACAUUUUAUUAUAAUUAAAAAAAACAUUGCAGAAAAUGAUGAAUUUCUUUUAAAUUUUUAGAACUUUCUCCUGUUUUACCUAGUUGUUAUCUAAGUAUUAAUUAUAGUAAUUAUUGGAAAAAGUGAUGGAAAUUUGAGAUCUUCAAAUGCAACCAAUUCGGCAAGUAAUUAAACUUUGAUUGCAUACUCAUUCACUAGAAGGAAGCAACUGUAUCUCACGUUAGUUAUUACCGUAAUAUAGGUACGUAAUUAUUGCGUCGAUAUUGAUCAAAACCUUUUGGAAAUCAUUUUGCUCCAAUACUUCUGCAUUUUCGAAGAAAAAAAAACAACAAAAAACAUACUCACACAUUUAAAAACAUUUUUAAAACGGUGUUCUUUAUUUAUUAAUUUUUAAAAUUAAUGGGAUUUUAAAAAAAGUUGAAAAGAAUAUACAUACAUAACAAAAAUAUUUCUACAAGAAUGAGAUAUUUGCUAAAUAACAAAUGUCCUGCUGAUGCAAAACGCUGUUCCAUAAAUCCGGCAAAUGUUUUGUUUCAAAUUAAUAAAUAAACUCACAUCGCACCUUUUUUUUUUUUUUUGAUUCUAUUAACCGACGUAUUACAUUUUCCAAAUAAUUCGCUCCAAGUAAACCGUGGCGUAGACUAUACAAAUUUAGUACCUACUUAUUCGAAAGCUUUUUUUAAAACUAAGUGUUCAUUAUUCUGGGAAUAUAAGUAUAAGACGAAGAAAAAAAAAUGCGAUAGUAUUCGACACAUUUUCUUACUUUUUUGCACAAAAAUUGAUACGCAUCGACACACACGUAUGAGUUAAUGCAACCAAUUUUGUGAUUUCAAUUUUAAUGUUCAUGUUUUCGAGACUGCCUAUUAAGAUCGUUUUUUAAAAGACUUACCUAUUUUAUUUUCUUAUAAAUACCUAGUUUUCUUUCUAAAAUGCAUAUGCCUAUGUGCAUUUUACAUAAUAUACUUACUUACCCCUUUUGAAAAAAACUAUGAAAAAAAUAUUUAUGUAAAUGUUUCUCUAUAAUAUGUUGUUUAGCCAAAUGAAAGUUCGUGACGUGUUUUCGUGUUAUUUUUUUUUUUUACAUAUCGGAAGUUACUUACUGGUUAAGUUUGAUGUUAUUUUAUGCAAUAUUUUUCGAUAAAAGAACUUUCUUGCUCGUUAUAGCAGAGAUUUUUUCCCAAGUUCAUCGUAUGUGAGUUUCGUUUUACUAGUUUUAUAUACUUACCUACUAAUUAAUGAUACAUUUCAUCGAAACCAAUCUUUCUUAAUUGGUGUUCAGAUUUUCUCGAUGAAAUUACAAACACAUAAGCAAAGAUGAUAAUAUUUGGAGUAUAUUUGUAAAAAGACAUAUCCGUCCUAUUGCUUUUUAUUUAGGUAGGUACUUGAUUUAGCUACCUUCGUGUCUUUAAUAAAAUAUUACUCCGUCCUGUGUAUUCUUUCCAUCUCAUAAGUUGAAAUUGUUUAUUGGUUGGAUGUUCAAUUCUUUGCCUAAAUUUAACCCUUGAUGAAUUUUUUUCUUCGCAUCUGAUACAUAUCUUGUGAAGGAUCAUUCCUCCUGAUGAGAGAUGAGGAUGAAGCUAAUUCUUCUGUUCGCAAAUACUAAAACAAAAAUUAUGGUUAAAUUGAAUAAGAAAACGAUGGUUAAUAAUAAAUCGACGCAUUUUUCUUGAUAUUUUCCACUUUGGCUUGACAUAUUUUUUAACACUUUAAGCCAUAAUAAGAAGAAAAUGCUUCAAAAAUUCUUUCAUAGUCCUCGAGCAUUACUUCUUGUCGAGUUGUAAUUUUAUCGGAAAAAUUCGAACAAACCAAAGUACAUAAUAUAAAAUCAACAACGUACCUACCUAUUCCUUUAUAAUUUCGUGUCGUGAAUUAAACGACGACAAAAUUACUAAUAAAAGGUAUCUGCCUACUUAACGAGUAGGUUCGAAGAAUAAAGUCUACAAAGAUUCUUUUCGUUACACGUGUAAAAAUAUAGCUUUUCUAAUUGAAAAAAAAAAAGGUUAUUAGUAGUUUUUAUUGUUGUAAGUUACCAAAUGGAUGUAUGUAUGUUGACUUGCGUAAUCUUCCGCCUAUUUCUUUUUUAAUUUUGUUGACGACAGUUGAAUAUUGUGUUAGUGAUAACAUUUUAUAUUAUAGAUAAGUUCUAGGAAUAAUGUUAUUUAUUGUAAUUGAAGUAUUUACGAAAUUACAGUAAAUUUAUUUGUCAAUAAAUGAACUUUUUUUCUAAUUAUAAUGGUGUUUUUGUUUUUAUAUAUUAUAAAACCAAAAUGUAAUAAAUGCUUUAUUUUGUU